AUGCGGUCGUUUACUCCUUUGGUCCUGGGCCUACUGGGUGCCACUGCCGCGGCCUCUGCAGCUGAUGCCGACCCGGCGACCUCCAACGUGAUUUCCUUGACGACAGAUACAUUUAAUGACUUCGUCAAGGAGCACGACUUGGUCCUGGCAGAGUUCUUUGCUCCGUGGUGUGGCCACUGCAAAGCACUGGGCCCCAAGUAUGAAGAGGCUGCCACAGAGCUCAAGGCCAAGGAUAUCCCUCUGGUCAAAGUGGAUUGCACCGUGGAGGAGGAUCUGUGCCGUACCUACGAGGUUGAUGGGUAUCCUACUCUGAAGGUCUUCCGGGGCCCUGACUCACACAAGCCGUACGGUGGUGCUCGUCAAACAGACUCUAUCGUCUCGUACAUGACCAAACAGUCAAUGCCCGCCAUUUCGAUUGUUACUGAGGAGACCCUGGAGGAGUUCAAGACCCUGGAUAAGAUUGUCAUUGUCGGUUACAUCGGCUCUGAUGACAUGAACUCGAACAAGAGCUUCACUUCUUUUGCCGAGGCCCACCGCGAUGACUAUCUGUUUGCCGCCUCCAACGAUGCCACCCUCGCCAAAGCUGAGGGUGCCAAGCAACCCUCCAUUGUGCUCUACAAGGAUUUCGACGAGAAGAAGGAUGUUUACGAUGGCAAGCUCGACGAGGAGUCCAUUAUUCAGUGGGUGAAGACCGCUAGCACUCCUCUUGUUGGUGAGCUUGGCCCCGAGACUUACUCCAAGUAUAUGUCGGCUGGUAUCCCCUUGGCCUAUAUCUUCGCAGAGACCGCUGAGGAGCGCGAGAAGUUCACCGAGGACUUCCGCCCGAUCGCUGCCAAGCACCGCGGCGAGAUCAACAUUGUUACUCUCGACGCCAAGCUCUUUGGUGCCCACGCUAGCAACCUCAACCUAGAGCCUGAGACGUUCCCCGCUUUCGCUAUCCAGGACACAACCAAGAACGCCAAGUACCCCUACGACCAGUCCAAGAAGAUCGACGCCAAGGAAGUUGGCAAAUUCAUCAAGGACGUCAUUGAUGGCAAGGUUGAGCCCAGUAUCAAAUCUGAGCCUAUUCCCGAAACCCAAGAGGGUCCAGUCACUGUGGUCGUUGGCCGUAGCUACCAGGAUCUUGUCAUUGACAACGACAAGGAUGUCUUGCUUGAGUUCUACGCCCCAUGGUGCGGUCACUGCAAGUCUCUUGCCCCUAAGUAUGAUGAACUCGCUGCUCUGUAUGCCGAUGUUCCCGAGUUCAAGGAGAAGGUUGUUAUCGCCAAAAUCGAUGCCACUGCCAAUGACGUCCCUGACUCCAUUACUGGCUUCCCGACCAUCAAGUUGUACCGGGCCGGCAAGAAGGAUGAGCCAGUUGAGUAUGAGGGAUCUCGCACUGUCGAGGACCUGAUCUCCUUCAUCAAGGAGAAUGGCAAGUACCAGGUUGAUGCCCUGGCCGAGGGUGCCAAGUCCGAGGAUGGUGGUGACGUGACUGCGUCUGCCUCUGUCUCUGACAAGGCCGCUGAGACCGCUGCUCCGUCCGAGGAUGUCCAUGAUGAGUUGUAA